AUGGCAUUUGAUUCAGGAAGUCAAAACACAGUGAUUGCGGAUCUCGGGAAACUGAUUGUUGACAAUUGUCCACCGAUGUUAUGCACCGGUCUUGAUUGUGCAGUAGUGACAGAACGGAAUGGUUGUCAGUUGUGUGCAUGUCCGAUCGGAUCUCCAGCUCGGGGAUGCGACCCGAUGCCGUUCAUUCUAUGGCACGAUCUGAUCGUUAAUGGUUGCCCAAAUGUAACAGUAAAUAGCCGUGACCCAGUGCAAAAAGUCCAUCGAUGGUUCCGGAGGGUGAAUCGAUUUUCAAAUACAGACCAAUGCGAACCAUACAUAUUUCCAUAUUGUGCUGAACUAGAUUUUAAUCUGUGGCGUUCACCGAGGACAAAGCAAGAAUGCGAACUCUACUGCUACUCAUUAGCUGAACAACGAAAACGUGGGAUUAUUUGA